CGAAAAUUCUUUCAUUCGUCGUUCGCUCACCGUCGAGAGCGCACGUGCUGUUUUGACUACGUUUUUACCGAUAUCGAUAUUUUAAAGUUUAAUCAGUGAUUAUUUUGUGUGUUUAUUGAACUCUUGUGGUUUGUGUGUGGAAUUGAAGAACAAGAAAAACCCGGAUUUUCUUCGCUUGUUUAUUAUUUAUGACCUACACAAUGCCAACGCAAGCGCGCUGUGACCGCGUGCCGCCCGCCGAUGGGGGCAAAUGGGACGCGCUAGACUUGCGGGUGUUGCAGGAAGAUGACCUACCUUUAGAUCCCCGCUCAUGGGGCCGAGCAGAAGUGGGCCGCUGGGUGUCCCGGCGCGGUGGUCUCCCGGAACGGUUCCCGAUGAACGGGAAGGCGCUCUGUUUGAUGAGCAAAGACAUGUUUGCGAGCAGAGUGCCCGAUGGAGGACACAUGUUGCAUCAGGACUUCAGAAGGAGGUUAGCGAAAGCACUCGCCUUACAAGAGCUGUUUGAAAAAUUGUCGCCGAAAUAACUACUUAAAAUUCUCUAAAAAGAUUCACUUAAAAGUACCUUAAGGCUAUAAAUUCCUCAUAAUAAUAUUGAAUCAAGUUCUUUUGGAUUUAUGAACAAUAUUUAGCAAAAAGUCUGUAAAUA